AUGAAUCGCGAUUCGGUGAUCAAAGCGCUGCAUGCGACUACAACUCCGGAGGACGAGAAGAAAGCGGAAAAUUUUCUAAAUGAGAUGUUGCAGCGAUUGGGCCCGCAAGAUGUCGGGAUCGAAAAUCCCCGUCGUCGUACCACUACCUCAUCGAGUGAUGGUGCCGACUGGCGUAACUUGUGCGUACUCACGAACGAUGAUGGUGUCCCGGUGAACGAGCUUAACAAGACGGAAGAGACUACAAAACGUGAUCAUAUUGCGUUACUUAUGGAUCGAUGGCGCAUCGCUGCACGUAAAGCGCGUAGAAUAACGCAAGAUCCAUGGUCGCAUUUUUUCAUUUGCGAUGUUCCUAUUAUGCGUGCUAAACGUUAUCGUUAUUCUUCUAUUAGAAAAACGUGGACUGAAGAUAUAGUUGAAGUACGUCUUAACCCUGAACCAUUUGCUCGUGGUGCUAUGCGUGAAUGCUAUCGUUUGAAAAAACUUCCAACUAACAGUCACCAAAAUGAUUGGAAAUAUGCACACAAUUACGUAGCCAAGCGAUAUAUUCAAGAAGUGGAUCGUUCCGUUCUAUUCGAGGAUGUCAAAUUGCAGAUGGACGCCAAACUUUGGGCUGAAGAAUUCAAUCGGUAUAAUCCUCCUAAAAAAAUCGAUAUUGUGCAAAUGUGUGUUUUGGAGAUGAUUGACUUGCCGUCUGGACCAUUGUUCCAUCUUGAACAUUUCAUUGAAGGUGACUACAUCAAAUAUAAUUCGAAUUCUGGCUUCGUUUCCGAUGUGGCACGUAAAACGCCUCAGGCCUUUUCUCAUUUCACAUUCGAACGAUCCGGUCACCAAAUGAUUGUUGUUGAUAUCCAAGGUGUUGGAGAUCUAUACACUGAUCCGCAGAUCCAUACAGUUGUUGGAACAGACUAUGGUGAUGGUAAUCUGGGCACACGAGGAAUGGCUUUAUUCUUUCAUUCUCACCUAUGUAACGAUAUAUGUCACUCGCUUUGCCUAACAGAAUUCGACUUGUCUGAUAAGGAGCGGUGUGCAUUACACGAUGGCUCGGCCGUGAAUUCGUGCAAUCAAUCAACUGUUUUCUCUCGUCAAGCCAGUGCAUGCUCGGCAAUUGUCCCAGAAUUGAUUCAGGAGGAUGCGAUGGAAUGCCUACGGCAACGCACGCUUUCGAUGCGGAGUCGUAAUUCAUCGGUGGGCGGCUCAAGGGUGGAAUCGCGUUCAGAUGAUGGAAAGUCACAUGAUGACGAUUGUAUCUGUGAAGACUGCCUGGCUCAAGCAACAGCUGAUGUCUCUUGCGAAGCGUUCAUCGAUGUCGUAGAUGAUAACGUCGAUGAUGAUGAGGACGUUAAAGCGUGCCCGAUUCGGAAAGUCGGUUUUCACACUCUCAGCGUUGAGCGUUCUCGCUCUGACAGCUUUGGCAGCUCACUUGGAUCGAGUUCGUUAGGAAGUUCGUCGAGAAUGACCCGUGACACCGAGAAGGAGGAGUUCUGGUCCAUCGCACGGAAGAAAUCCAUACCUGCUGGAAUACUUUCUGCUAUGGAAUUGCAGAAGCUGGCGGCCGAAGCGUCAAGGCUUACGCAGCACGCAUCAAUUUUAGGCCAGAUUCACCUGGACCUAGCACGAUAUCACGAGCUGGGGCGAUUUCUGGCAGAAGAGGAUAACGAUGCCAAACGAAUAGCGCUUGGCGAGACUGAUGUGGAGAGGUGUUCAAAGGUACCAACAGUAAAAUACGACAAGGAGUCUGCCCUUUUUCAUCUUGACAUCGCGAGACGUUGUGGAGUUUUGGAGGCAAUUAUCACCGUUGCUCAAAUGGCUUUGAAGCUGCCUCAUGAUCUUUUGAAAGAUAUCGGUGACGAUGAGAUCUGGACGAAAGACGACGAUGACGAUGGUGAUGGAAUAGUUUGUGAUCAUGAAGAGUUCGCUUUCGAAUUGAUGUUAACAGCUGCUGAAAUGGGUGACCGUGGCGCUAUGCUGUUCGUUGCCGAAUCUUAUGAAACUGGACGGAGGAUGGGCGCCAAUGGACAGCCAAGUUACCCAGAUGCGAUCAAGUGGUAUGAAAAACUUGUUGGCUUCAACGACGACGACGGCAGUGAAGGAGCGGCGCUGCCGCGGUAUGAGGUUUUAGCAAAGAUAGCACAGAUGUACCAAGAAGGAGGAUGUGGCCUUGCGCAGGAUUUUGAACGUGCCUAUAACUUGUACACGGAAGCUGCCGAAGUAGCUAUAGAGGCGAUGAAGGGAAAGUUAGCUAACAAAUAUUAUGAGCAAGCGGAAAUGUGUGCUCGUUAA